AUGACCAAUAACAAGGAUGAAUCAGACAAGAAAUUCGAGGCCGAAAAGAAGCCAACUACUCAACAGGACGAAGGCGAUGUCGGGAACCCUAAUGCUGUUGUUGCAAUGUCUGCUCCGCUUCUUGCUAGGGCGAACCCUAGGCAAGAAGUCGGAGAACAACAGUGUAGGGUUCAGCCUUUUUCCAGUGAUCAGGACCAAGUUGGAGGCUCGCAAAACCCUAUGCCGCCUCCUCCACCCCAUUUUAGGGCUAUUCAAGCCCCUGGUGGUGACGGGGCCAAGGGGAGCAUUGGUGUCUCUCCUGCCGUGACUUUUAUGGAUGGAGGAAGUAGUGGAGGAGGAGGAGUUCUAGUUGGGGGAGGUGCCGCGGCUGCUCCUAGUGUGAGGCCCAUUUCUGACAACCGAAGUAGUACUAGUGGGAUACCACUGAAACGGAAGUCCGAUGUCGUGGCACCUCCAGGGGUUCGCCCGAUUUGUAGCGUGUGCCGUAGGGACUUUUACUCCUGGAAGGCCCUCUUCGGCCACAUGCGCUCUCAUCCUGAGCGCCAGUGGCGCGGGUGCUUUCCCCCGCCCGUCGAGCAACCGCAACAAGAACAAGCACUGUCGGCUCCACUUCCAGCGGCAUAUGCUGAGGCUGGUGGGGCACAAGGAGGGACCACAAGAGGACUAAACAUUGAUCUAAAUGAACCACACGGCCCCACUGUGGACGAUGGUGCCGCCCAUACGCCGCCUCUGGAGAACAAGAAGGAUGGAAGACCUGCUGAUUUCGACAUUAACAAGAUACCGCCGUCGGACGACGAGGAUAUUGCUUAG